GGUGGCGAUAGCGUGUGCUAGAUUCUGUAGUCAAAAAUGGCCGGCGUUAGCGAUUGCUUCAGCAUUGGGAGUACGGUGGCUUGUAAGACAUGUUACAACAAGGAAAUCGAGGGUGAAGUAUUGGCGUUCGAUCCACAAACAAAAAUGCUGAUUUUAAAAUGUCCAUCAUCUAGUGGGAGAGCAUCACUGAACGAUGUGCACAUAGUAAAUUUAUCCUUGGUGUCUGACGUCCAAGUAAAAAGGGAAGUUAGUCCCACAUCGAAUGAACCACCACAGAGCCUUAAUUUACAAAGGCUAAAUACACGGGUACGUAAUCAGAUUGAGGAGAAGAAGAGGAUGGUAAAAGCUCUGCAGGCUGGAGUAUCUCCUGAGGGUCAGAAACUGUUCAUUGCUAUUUCCAAAACAAUCCAAGAGAUAACGUGGAACGGCCCAAACAUUGUAGUUUGGGACAAUGUCACUAUAAUACCACCAUACAAAGUUGAAAAUGUCCAGGGUGAUAAGGACUCUAAAGCAUAUACUCACGUGAAAAAAGUGGUGGAAAAACACAUGAAAGAUACUGCCGCAGCGGAAACGCAGCAACAACCGUCGCAAGUCCAGCGACAGACGCAGAAAGGUAGCAGCGCGCAAUAAAAAUCUAAAGGGUCACUGUUAAUAAAUGAAAAUACGGGCAAAGGAGAGCUGAAAUAAUUUUGAGGAGGCAAAGAUGUUGAGAAAAGAGGGCAUGGAGGCGAAAUUUGAUGGGAUGGGAUGUAAUGGGGUAAGGUUGGUAGGCAAGAAUGGGACAGGUGGGAGGGACAAACUGUGUCCAGAAGUUCAUUCGAAUAGGAAGUGCAAAUAUGAAUAACAGAAAUGCAUCCAAUAUAAAAAGAAUUAGAUGAGUGUAUCGUGCUAAACGCCCAACCGAAACAGAGAAUGUGAUGGAAAAAAAAAUGAAUUUGCAAGAUAGUAUUAUUCUGUAAUACAGUUCAGUCGAUAUUGUCCAAGAGACCACAACAUAUUUCAUAGUUGACUGGUACGACUUAAUAACGAAAACAAGAAAGAAUCGACAAAAUAAAAAAUAACAAAUACCCGAGAAUCGAUCCUUAUUUUAAAGGUUCGUCGGAUUCACCAAUAUGGAUUCAUCGGUAUAAGGAUCGUAUGUCUGCGUGCACACUAGUUUUUAAUUGUAUAUUGUUACGAAUGCGUUAUGCAGGUUUUUCGAAUCAAUCGGACGUGAAUAAUCAGGGCGUGAAGACGAUUACGAUAUACGCGAAUGAAAACCACCAAUUGUCCCGUAUGAAGCGGCUCGAAUUUCUCGCACAUCUCGCAGCACGAGAUUGUUAAAUGGUUUCGUUAUAGUUGCUCGCGGGAAUCUUGGUCAUCUUCGCUUUCUGAUAGCGUCUCUCUGAUGAGUGUACACGGCUGCCGUUACCGCGGCAUAACGAUCAAUGAUCCACGAUCUAGAAAUUAAGCGGUCGAAUCUCUUCAAGUCACCUAUUCACUUGUUUAUGAAAGAUACUUGAGAUUUAAUGCUUCUCAACGUAUGCAGGAUGGGUAACGGUGCAAGGGUAUUUAAUAAGGAUAUACCCAAAAAAGAAAGGAAGUGUGUGAGAGAGAGAGAAAGAGAGAGAGACGGAGUAUCUAGUGAAUCAUGGCAGUGGGGAGAAGUAAAAUGGUAUAUGUUGAUAGGAUGGUAAAGUGAUAGAUCGAAUGAAUGGCAAGGCUACUGCGCGAGACGCGAAAUGUUAUCGCGCGAGGCGUGUUCGAGUGCGAGGUAACACGUGUAGAACGACAAUAGAGCUUAUCCUCACGCAUGCUGAAAUGAAUAUAUAAAUAAUAACAAGUGUCUUUUGAAUAAAUAGAAUAAUCGCUUGGCUCACGUGAGGGUUACACAGUACGUUUUGAUCCCGUGUAAUUUAGAGAUAUACUACUGCAUGUGCGCCUCGUGUCGCCCGAACGCGCCUUGCGCCUGCCGAAGGGAUUGAAAGAUUAUAAAGAACAUCUCCAUGAAAAGACACAAAUAAAUAUAAUAUAAAUUCCAUAA